AUGUCACCGCGCUCACCACCGAAGACCGUUCAUUUCGCGACGGCGGAUAUCGUGAUCCCGCCGUCGCCUGCACCAUCACCACCGCCAUCACCGACGCUCUCUCCCUAUUCACCAGUGCUAUCAUCACCAGCCACUCCCGAGGACGUAUUCCUUCCUCUUGACCCGCUGUCACCAAACGCAUGCCCCUCGCAGCUGCCGGAGACCGCAGGGGAUGAACGCUCCGUUUCGUCCACGUCACCCUCAAAUCAUCCAUGCAUCCACUCCCUCAUGGGCUUCUGGCCGCAGUCCUCUCUAUCCUUCCGCUAUGACCUGACUUCCCCUCCUUCAGUGCUCACCUCCGCGCCGCUAUACUCCCACCUCCAUGAGUCCGCUACGAAACCACCACAGGAGUCACUACGUGUGGCGGUGCCGUGGCCUGUCGCUGGAGAGUGGCAGAUUCCCAUAUCUGCGAGCGUUGGUCAGGUCACUUGCAUGGACGUCCUGCGCGGGCUACAUCGCGACCUGACUCGACCCAUCACGCACGCCGAAUACCGCGCGCUGGGCGUAGAUACCGACGUACGGCGGCGGGUCGAUGCGUCCUACUGGGCACGAUGCGGCAGGAUAAUCGACCCCGUCGUCCGAACAGCGGAGGAGCAGAAGGGUGUCAAGCGCAUCGACUUCCUGAUGGAGAGGCCGAUUUUUGCAGGCUUGUCUGCACGCGAGGACGGUCUCUGGCGCCUACAUACGACUUCAUGA